UCCUGUUGUUUUAUUAAGAAUUUUAUUUGUUGUGUUGUACAAGAUCUGCAUAACGAGAACUUUAUGCUUUAACAAAAGAGACAUUUAUACUUGACAAGACCAUACAAAAGAUAAAUUUCAUUAUUUGUUUAUUCUGUAAGAAAUGAUUCCAGAACAAUUUUUUCCAUUCAGAGUAGAAUAAGCAGUAAUUUAGCAUGCAUUAUAUUUAUACACACACAUCUAUGUUGUCAUACAUGAUAAAUUACUCUUGCUCAUCAUAUAAUAAUUAAUAGCCUCUUAAGACCAUACAAAAGAUAAAUUUCAUUAUUUGUUUAUUCUGUAAGAAAUGAUUCCAGAACAUUUUUUUCCAUUCGGAGUAGAAUUUAAUUGCAUGCAUUAUAUAUAUAUAUACACACACAUCUAUGUUGUCAUACAUGAUAAAUUACUCUUGCUCAUCAUAUAAUAAUUAAUAGCCUCUUAAAAUUUUAUUUUAGUUUUAUGAGUACAGAAUUACAACAUUUCAUUCCACAGCAAUGAUGCCAUUCUCUAUAAGUAAGAAGCAGACUCCAAUGGUUGAUACCAAAUAUGGUAAAUAUCCGAGGGGCAGUACACUGGCACAUCAGCAAAAACUUCAUGACAGCUUCAUCAUGAACUUCACUGAACUAGCCACAUUUCCUGAUCUUCCCCUAAGGAAUGUGAUGUCAGGAGAUAUUCCUGAUUUAUCAGAAGAAAAGAAGUACCUUUUAACCUCACUCAAAGUCACUCAGCAAGAAUCUGUUGUAAUAGAAAGGGAUACACGACUACAGUCGAAUUGUCCCUUGUGGCACAAGCUGCGACAACACCGCAUCACUGCUUCUGUUGUAGCAGAUGUCGCAAAAAGGAAGAAAGAUUUCCAAGCCUUGUCUAAAAGACUUAAAUCUUCAAAGACAAAAAUGACACAGGCCAUGAAAGAUGGCAUUAAAAAUGAGCCUCUGGCAGCUGAGGCAUACAGUAAUGUGAGUACACAGAAACAGCUACAGGACUAAAUUAUUUUGUAAAAGCACAUAUGCAGAUCUGAUUAUUUAUUUUAACAGUUACAAGAGAAAAAUAUUUAACAAGUAUAUUUAAAUAAACUGGAUCUAAAGCACACCAAUCUCUUAAUAUAGUGAUCUUGGUGUGAUUUGGAGCUCUAUUAAUGUACACAUGCAAUUUAAUGUACAUGAUGGGAAGCCCUAAAAUUUUAAUUAUACUCCACUAUAUGUACAUAUUCUAUUGUUCUGGUCACAAGUAACUUAACUAUUUUCAUUAUCUGUCUAGAUGA